AGUUUUAAUUGAAAUUAUUUACACGGUUCUUGAGAACAAUUACAAUGCCAACAAAUGGCCAUAAAUACAGCAUUUUGAUGCCCACUUACAAUGAAAAGGAUAAUUUGCCCAUUAUAAUAUGGCUAAUUGUGAAAUACAUGAAGGCGAGCGGCUUGGAAUACGAGGUGAUUGUGAUUGAUGAUGGUAGUCCGGAUGGAACACUAGACGUGGCCAAAGACCUGCAGAAGAUCUACGGGGAGGACAAGAUUGUGCUGAGACCACGUGGCUCCAAAUUGGGACUCGGAACGGCCUACAUACAUGGCAUCAAACAUGCCACCGGCGACUUUAUAGUUAUCAUCGAUGCGGACUUGAGUCAUCAUCCCAAAUUCAUUCCCGAGUUCAUUAAGCUGCAACAGGAGGGCAACUAUGACAUUGUAUCCGGCACUCGGUAUGCCGGAAAUGGAGGUGUCUUUGGCUGGGACUUCAAGCGCAAGCUCAUCUCGCGCGGCGCCAACUUUUUGUCCCAGGUGCUUUUACGUCCGAACGCCAGUGAUUUGACCGGCUCCUUCAGGCUCUACAAGAAGGAUGUACUGGAGAAAUGCAUUGCCAGCUGCGUGUCCAAAGGCUACGUGUUCCAAAUGGAGAUGCUCGUUCGGGCUAGACAGCACGGCUACACCAUCGCCGAGGUGCCCAUCACCUUCGUGGACCGUAUUUAUGGCACCUCCAAGCUCGGCGGGACCGAGAUUAUUCAGUUUGCCAAGAACCUUUUGUAUCUGUUUGCGACCACAUAAAGAGAAAACCACCAUUAGCUGGGUAGAUUUUUAAAUUUUU